ACAAACAGUGAUAUUUCGCCAUUUUAACAGCUAGAUGAUCAUUUAAAAAGCCAAGUCGGGAGCUGCGUGUAGCAGCACGUGCUGUAACAACAGAGGUUCAUUAUUUUAAUCAAAAAGACUAUAUAAAAAGCUAAUCAAGUGUUGCAGAUCAGUUUCUUCUUCAUCAUGGAUAACACACAAACAACCAAAGAUGAUGAUGUUUAUCCAGGGUGCAGUUCAGUUCAUCAGAUGAGACCAAAGCCAGAGCCGGAGCCCAGCAGUGUGUCUGUGCAGAGUGACGGGUCUAUGGCUCAUAUCGUACAUUUUAAGAGUAAAGACACACAGACUGAUAUCAGUUCAGUUCAUCAGAAGAGACCAAAAUCAGACCCCAGCUGUGUGUCUAUGAGGAGUGAUGGGUCUAUGGAACAAUUUGUACAUUUUAAGAGUGAAGACACACAGACUGAUCUCAGCCAUGAAGCUCUCAACACAUUUCAGUCAAAUCUGAUGAAGAAGUUUGAUUGCCUCUGUGAGGGAACAGCGGCGCAGGGAAAAUGCACACUCCUGAAUGAUAUCUACACAGAGCUCUACAUCACAGAGAGUGAGAGCGGAGUGAUCAGUAAUGAACAUGAGGUAAGACAGCUUGAGACGCAAUCCAGGAGAUCAACAACAGAGGACACACCAAUCAAAUGCAGAGACAUCUUUACACCUGAGCAAGACAAAGCCAUCAGAACUGUGCUGACAAAGGGAAUCGCUGGCAUUGGAAAAACAGUCUCUGUGCAGAAGUUCAUUGUGGACUGGGUUGAAAAGAAGGAGAAUCAGGACCUCCAGCUCAUAUUUCCACUUCCUUUCAGAGAGCUCAAUCAGAUGAAGGACAAAACGCUCAGUCUUUCAGAUAUUCUUCAUGCCUUUUUCCCUGAAAUACUGAAGAUUGAAAUAUUCAAUGAUAAGUAUAAAGUGUUGUUCAUCUUUGAUGGUCUUGAUGAGUGUCGGCUGUCUCUAGAUUUUAAGAGCACUGUGAGGUUGUGUGAUGUCAAUGAAUCAGCCUCAGUGGACGUGCUGCUAAUGAACAUGAUUGUGGGGAAUCUGCUUCCUUCUGCUCUCAUCUGGAUCACUUCCAGACCAGCAGCAGCAAAUCUCCUCCCCUCUGAGUAUGUCCAAAGAGUGACAGAGGUACGAGGUUUCAUAGACCCUCAGAAGGAGGAAUACUUCAGGAAGAGAAUCAGAGAUCAGAGUCUGGCCAACAGAAUCAUCUCACAUAUGAAGUCCUCCAGGAGCCUCUACAUCAUGUGCCACAUCCCAGUGUUCUGCUGGAUUUCAGCCACUGUACUAGAGGUGAUGUUGAAUGAAGCAGAGAGCGUAGAGAUUCCCAAGACUCUCACUCAGAUGUACACACACUUCCUGAUCUUGCAAACCAACAUCAAACAUGGGAAGCAGUAUGAGAACAAGGUGAGAGACGGAGACAUGAUCCUCAGACUGGGGAAACUAGCUUUUCAGCAGCUUGUGAAAGGCAAUGUGAUCUUCUAUGAGGAAGACCUGAGAGACUGUGGCAUUAAUGUGACAGAAGCAUCAGUUUACUCAGGAUUGUGCACUCAGAUCUUCAGAGAGGAGUUUGUCUUGUGUCAGAAGAAAGUGUUCACCUUUGUUCAUCUGAGCAUUCAGGAACAUAUAGCGGCUCUUUAUGCGCACCUCUCCUGUCUGAACAAAAACGUAAAUGUCUUUGAGCAAAUGACAUUUGAAUAUGCUCCUUUGUCUAACCUGCAUCAGAGAGCUGUGGAUGAGGCUCUGCAGAGUAAAAAUGGACAUCUGGAUCUUUUCCUGCGGUUUCUCUUGGGUCUGUCAGUGGAGUCAAUUCAGAUUCUCCUACAAGAACAAAUGAAAUGGACAAAAAGAAGCUCUGACAGUUUUAAGGAAACAGUUGAGUACGUUAAGAUGAAGAUCAGCACCAUUUUCUCUCCAGAGAAAUCCAUCAAUCUGUUCCACUGUCUGAAUGAACUGGGUGACCAUUCACUAGUGGACGAAGUACGACAGUAUCUGAGAUCUGAACAACUAAAUGAAACCAAACUCUCUUCAUCUCAGUGGUUGGCUGUAGUGUUUGUGUUCUUGACAGCAGAGAAGAAGCUGGAAAAUUUUGAAAUUAAUGAAUUUGUUUGUGGAAACGACCAAACUGAAAAACUGGAAGUGUUGAAGAAGCUGCUGCCUGUGAUUAAAGAAUCCAGAUCAGUUUGGUUUGUUAAUUAUAGUCUCACAGAUGAAGGUUGUGCUGCAUUGGCUUCAGCUCUGAUAUCAAAUCCUGAAAAUGUGAGAGAACUGGAUCUGGCAUUUAAUGAUCUGAGAGGUUCAGUGACUUCGCUCUGUGCUGUGCUGGAGAAUCCUCACUCUAAACUGGAAAAAAUGGUGUUGGCUAAUUGUGGUUUGACAGGUGAAAGUUGUGCUGCUUUGGUUUCAGCUCUGAGAUCAAACCCUGCACAACUGAGAGAUCUGGAUCUGUCCAGGAAUAAAAUAGGAGAUUCAGUCAUUCUUUUCUGUGGCGUACUGGAGCAUCCUCAUUGUAAACUGGAGAAACUCUGGUUGAGUGAUUGUGGUGUCACAGAUGUAGGCUGUGAUGCUUUGGCUUCAGCUCUGAGAUCAAACCCUGAAAGCUUGAGGGAUCUGAGUCUCUCUUGGAAUAAACUAUCAAAAUCCAAAAUGAAGUUGCUGUCAGAUCUUAAGGAUGACCCACAUUAUAAACUGGACACAUUAUACUUUUGACUCUCAGAGUGGUGAGGUAUUCUACUUAGUUGCCAGUAGUCCAUCAGUUAGAAUGCAUGAGCCUUGGUAAUCACUUAUAGUUUCUUAAUUCCCCCCUUGCUUCACAUAGGUAACAGGUGGAUAGAGUUGUGGUUCUACAGAAAACAAAAACAUUAUUAUUAAAUCAAGCUACAUCAGUCAUACAACAUUAAACGCAUUGCAGUAUUAAUAUCAUUAUUAACUGGUUAAUUGCAAAUGUAAAAUUGCAUUUAAACAUUGAAAGCAAUAUGCUAUAAAGCAUAAAGAAUCAUAUGAAAGCAUAUAAAACUCUCAGCCAUAAAAAACAAACUAUCUUCUUAUUGCUACAACAACAUGAAUUGUAUCAGAUUGGAAAUACAAAUGGCAAAGCUCUGAACAAUCCUAUUAUAUAUAGACCUGGCAUAGAUUUAAACAUGUCCAGGCAACCCAUUACCACACAAUAAGUUAUACAUAUAAAAUUACACAUAUAAUAUGCAGGCAACGUGGUGGCGCAGUAGGUAGUGCUGUCGCCUCACAGCAAGAAGGUCGCUGGUUCGAGCCUUGGCUGGGUCAGUUGGCAUUUCUGUGUGUUUGCAUGUUGUCCCCGCGUUCACGUGGGUUUCCUCCGGGUGCUCCAGUUUCCCCCACAGUCCAAAGACAUGCGGCACAGGUAAAUUGGGUAGGCUAUAUUGUCCGUAGUGUGAAUGUGUGUGUUUGGAUGUUUCCCAGUGAUGGGUUGCAUCUGGAAGGGCAUCCGCUGCGUAAAACAUGUGCUAGAUAAGGUAGCGGUUCAUUCCGCUGUGGUGACCCCAGAUUAAUAAAGGGACUAAGCUGAAAAUGAAUGAAUGAAUAUAACAUGCCUACACCCUUCAUUUUUGUACAUCUGUAAAAAAAAAUUACAGCAGUUAUCCCAGUAAUUGUUUUUAUUGUUUUUUAUUGUUUCUUGAUUUGUCUUAAAAUAGCUACCUCAUACAUCUCUUGAAUAGGUCAUUUUGCUUUCCAGCCUACAAUUUUUAAAGAGCUCUAUUAUGGGUUAUGAAAACAAGCUUCCAUGUGCGUAACACAGCACUAAGUGAAUGAAAACAUCCAGAUGAGGUUUAAAUCUGAAAGUGCACUGUGUUUAAAACUAUUGAUUCUUUAGCGAAAUAGUCGACUUAGAGUCGAAUAAAUGAAUCGUGUUGGAUUUGGAUCUUUUGCUUGAAUGCGUUGAUGUCGAUAAGGUACAUCCCCAAAUAUGUUUUACCUGUUGUCUAGUACUGGUAAUAAUGGGAACGCCCUUCAGACACUAGCGGAGCACGAAGGAUCACUGUACUGAUCAUGACACGAAGAUGACGAUCACUGACAGAUGGAGAUUCAGCUGUGGGGAAUAAAGAGUUAAAGUUCAUUUUGACAACAACACCACAGUAUAGCCAAUUUAGUGCUGUGUUUGUUCCUGUCAUUUUUCUGAUUUUUGAUACAAUAACCUACGCUGCAAUGUUGGAUUCAUCAACCGUUUGCUAUUAAAUGAAGGAGCAGCAGAGACUGUGUAUGGGACUCUGUCAGACUUUGACAGGGACUUUGUCAGUAACUGUUACAGUUCAUAUUGACCAGUUUCUUCUUCCUCUGGAUCAUUAAAUGUAAGUGUCAUUUAAA